AUGCACGGGCAGCAGUAUCAUUACGGCGGUGGCGCCCACGCGGCGACUGGCUACGGCGGUGGUGCCCACUCGCAAUCCGGCCACGGCGGUCUAGACUCGCAUUACGGCGGCCCGUACGUAGAGUAUGACUACGAAGGGCACUCGGGCUCUGGACACGGCGGCGGCCUGGCGGGCUUCGAAUCGCCGCCUCGCCAUGCUCAUUCGCACAACGGUCCGUCCGGGCACCCGCACGCCCGGGCGGGGUAUUCAGGCGCGAGCUCGCAGCAGGAGUCGUGGCAGCGUCCCCAGGGAGGGUACUUUUGGGAGCCCGGCGCGCCUCCGGCGUACGGAGGACAUAGACCCCAGCAGGGUCAGGGGAUAUUGUCUGCCCUCGUGGAGGGCGGCACAUCGAUCUGGAGGACUACGGCACAGCUGGUUUCGGAAGCGUCGCAAAAUUACCAGCAGUAUCAGCGGCCGCAGGGGUCGGGGUCCUACAGGCAGUCCGCACCAAGUCACGGGAUGCACAGUUCCCCGAGCCAAAACCAGUUCCCGGCCUGGGCUUACGCAAGUGUACCCGGCGAAGGACCGCCCGGAAGAAUCGUGAGUCCAAGUGAACUGAAUCAACGCUGGUAG